AUGGGUGGAUAUUUUUUUCUUUGUGUAGUGUUGUUACAGCUGUCAGGGCCACUACAAGUUGCUUUGGCUGGAACAAGCCCUCUGAGGUGCAAAUUUGGCACUACACUGUGCAGCGACGGUUCAGAAUGUAUACUUUACAACCAUUUGUGUGAUGGAGAGCCUGACUGCAAGGAUGGGUCUGAUGAAGAGAACUGUGCAUCAAUAUGCAAUGAAGACCAGUUCCAGUGUGCACAUGGGAAGAAGUGCAUAGAGCAGAGCCAGGUGUGUGACGGUGUGUCCCAGUGUCGGGACCACUCAGAUGAACUGGAAUGUUUCAAGCCAACGAAAGCCUGUGCCCAUCAGUGUGGUGACAAGAACCGCUGUAUUCCCAGCAGUUUCAUCUGUGAUGGGGAGAGAGACUGUCUGGAUGGAAGUGAUGAGGCAAACUGUGGUGUUGAGGUCUGCAGUGCCAGUGACUUUAAAUGCACUAGUGGAGAGUGUGUAUCAGACAAAGUACGUUGUGAUGGAUACCCAGACUGCCAGGACCAUUCGGAUGAGGAGAAAUGCCUCAAACCACCAGUAUGUAUCACCAAGCAACGCUGCCCACAGAGCAAAGAGUGUCUGGUGCAGGAGUGGAUUUGUGAUGGACAUCAGGAUUGCAAAGAUGGCACAGAUGAGAAGGACUGUCCCGUGCCUCAAAUAACCUGUGGUGAGUUUCAGUGGUCUUGUAAAUCCAAGACCAAGUGUAUCCCCACAGCGUGGAGGUGUGACGACAUGAUGGACUGUGACGAUGGCACCGAUGAGGCUGAAUGUGACAUGGAGGGAUGCCUUCCUCACCUGUUCCAGUGUGAUGAUGGGGAGUGUCUGGACCCUGUCCUGGUGUGCAAUGGUUUUCCAAACUGUGCCGAUGGCUCAGAUGAAGGAGGAAGCUGCCAGAUUAAAUGUACGGAUGAGGAUAAUGGCUGUUCUCAGACCUGCUACUCCACACCACAGGGAACGAGUUGUGGCUGUGGACCUGGAUACAGACUGGCUGAGGACGGCUUCACCUGUGUUGACAUAGAUGAGUGUGAAGGGCAGAGUCCAGGUGUGUGCAGUCAGAUCUGUGCCAACACUCCUGGUUCCUAUCAGUGUGACUGUCACCCAGGCUACGUAAUGGAGACCAAUGGACACAACUGCAAGAUCAUUGGUGAACCGCUCCUCUUGUCUUCCGUCCUAAAUGAUCUCUUCCUGAUUGGCCUGCACAGUGGCAGAGUAGAUGUGUUGUCCUCCUCUGCUGAGAAGGCCAUCCUCUCUCUGGACUAUGACUGGAAAGAGCAGAGGGUCUUCUGGGAUAGUCUGGACACUGCAAGCAUCGGCUGGUCUUCACUGGAGCAGAAAACAACUGGAACUCUGAUUAAAGGUGUGCGAGCUGAUUCUGUAGCUGUGGACUGGCUUGGGAGGAACCUGUACUGGAUAGAUGGGGUCAACAGUCAAAUUGUUGCUAUCAAGCUGCCCACAGCCACGGUGAACUCACUGGACCAAAGCAUCAUCCUGGAUGAAGACUUGGAUCAGCCUCGCUCUCUGGCACUGCUGCCACAAAAGGGGUUGAUGUUCUGGACAGAAAUUGGCAAUGCAGUGAAGAUAGAGCGUGCUGGGAUGGACGGGUCAGAGCGGCGAGCUGUGGUAAACUCCAGUCUGGGUUGGCCAGGGGGUGUUACUGUGGACCCCAUGUCUGACAGAGUUUACUGGACAGAUGUGAGGCUGAGAGCAAUCGGAUCUGCAACACUGGAUGGGGAUGACAUAAAGAUCUUACAGAUGAAAGAGAUCGCCAACCCAUUCUCCCUGGCUGUGUUCAAUGACAUGCUUUACUGGUCAGAUUCCAAGAAGCGAAUGGUGCAGGCAGCACAUAAAAUCACUGGCAAAAAACGACGAGUUCUCCUGAAAAGGCUGAGACAACCUUUUGCUUUGAAGAUAAUCCACCCACAGCUCCAGAUGGAAGCCGAGAACCCCUGUGAGAAGAGGGACUGUUCCCACCUGUGCAGCCUGGCUCCGGGGCCCACGGCUGUGUGCAAAUGCCCCUCUGGUCUUUUACUGGCUGAGGAUGGUCUGACCUGUUCCAGCCUGGUUAAUUCAGCUUUCCUGUUGAUGCAGUCAUCUUCCACCAUCACCCAGAUCUACUUGCAGUCCAGACAUACGGCAUCAGACCUGAAGGGCUGGCCUGAACACGUGGCCCUACAGUUGCCCAGCAUCAAGGCUGCAAUCCUGGACUACAACCUACGAGACCACACCCUGUAUUUAACAGAUGACAGCACAACUUCACUCAGCAGCUUCAAACUGCAGGAGUCCAACCUAACCUCCCACAGUGAGCUGCUGAAGCUCCUGGGUGACACCAUCACUGCCAUGGCUCUGGACUGGGUGACGCUCAAUAUGUACUGGAGCAGCAACAAACAGCAGCGACUGCAGGUCUCGUCCUUCACAGAUGCAUGGACCACUGUUGUCAUAAAAGACGGUAUUGGUCGGAUAGAGUCCAUCGUGCUUCACCCUCAAAGUGGGCGCGUUUGUUUCACCAACCUGGUCCUGACCGGCACAGACACUGUGGUGACUGUGGAGUGUGCAGACAUGGACGGUGCUGAGCGGAGCGUGGUGUGGAAGGAUGGUGUGAGACCCACAUCACUGGUCUUCUCCAGCAGCGGAGAGUCUAUUUACUGGGCUGACACCAGUUUGGGAACAAUUGGCUCUAUCCAGCUCAAUGACCAUAAAUACAGUGAGUUGAAGGUUGGCGACGGUCUGGCCGCUGUGGCUCUAAGUGACUACCUGCUGCUCUGGAUGACUGUUUCUGAUAAGACGAGGCUCUGGUACCGAGAUGAGCAUCAACAGAGCAAACUGUGGUUUGAGGUUGGCUCAGAAGUGAUCAGCUUAAAGGCGUUCAGCAAGUCCAGCCAGACUGGUUCAAACCAAUGCUCACACAACAAUGGGAACUGCCAGCACUUGUGCCUCGCCACCCCAGGAGGUCGCACAUGCAGGUGUACCCAUGACCACGUCCUUGUGAAUGAAACGCUCUGUAGCCCAGACCAGCAGCACUGCCCGGCUGGAAGCAGGAUGUGUCUGGAUGGACUCUCAUGCCAACCUGUUGGCAAGUUCUGUAAUGGGCACGUAGACUGCACCGACCACUCCGAUGAGAACUGUUUCAGUGUUGAGCAGAGGUCAGGUGAUGCCCCUGGCCCCACUCAGCCCCAAAGCUCAGCUUCACCCCUUCCGUCUCUGCCGUCUGUGUCAGAAGAACCUGGUCUGACCACAACCCUGAAUAUCAGCAUCCAGCUCACGGACCUCGACGUCAAAGAGUGCAGCGAGAGACGGUGCAGCGGCAGAGGACAAUGUGUGGAGGUCGAUGGGAAAACAGCAUGUGUGUGUUCACUGCUGUACAGUGGAGACUCCUGUCAGGACCAUCUCCUGAAGUCCAUGAAGAGUCCUGUAGUCUACGGGGCAGCGGCCUGUGUAUUAUUGGUGGUUAUUGCUGUGAUAGCAGUGGUGUUAAAGAAGAAGAAAGGCAACUCAAGGAGAGCGAACCCAGAAAAAGAAACGAACAUGACCAACCUGGAGAAAAAAGCCGAGUCCACCCCCAGUACACAAACUGCCCCAGCAGGCGCAGACAAACCAGAGGAAGUGGUAUCUUCUGUGGACUGAAGCUGAUUUACAGGCAAGCUGGGUUUUAA